GUGUUACUAAAUCCCGAAAUAGAUAAAUCUAUUACAAUGACGUGAUCCAUCUGCAGUUGCAGGAUUAUCCUUCAAUUUCUGGGCACCCUCUACAUUCUCGUGUUUUCCAAAAUCUCGUUUGUAUCUCCUGCACUAAUUUAAUAGAACGCUGCGUAUUCUAUUUUAAAAUCCAUCCGAAAUUAUCUCUCACUGCUGGCAUGGACUCAAAUCCAAAUUUCAGUUAUUUAAGUAGCCAUCUAUUUACAGGAGUUACGCUAAAGGAACGUUUCCCGAAUUUUGAUGUGAUUUUUGUGGUGUGUAUACAAAAUGUUGACUCGAGAGUGGUUGUUUUUAAGUCUUUUUAGCGUUUUUAUAGCGCCACAUUGCUGUUUUAGAGCAGAAGCAACGAUAGGUAUAUUGUUCAAUGAAAUAACAUGGCAACCUUUGCUACCGUUGAGAAAUGCUUUGAAAAAACAAAAUAUGGUCGAUCAGGCUUUCGUAAGAUUCUCUACUGAGAUCCAGCAGGUUUCUGCAACUGACAGCUUCAAUGUCAGUAAGACAGUAUGCGAUCUAUUAGGUAGAAAAAAUGGAGUUGCUGCUAUAAUCAGUGUCCAAGGAUCAGAAACUUCACCAAUUCAAGAGUCCAUCUGCUUCAACUCAGAGUUACCUUUCAUCUCAAUGUCAUGGGGCCCCACUCAGGAAAACAACAUAUCGAUGUCUCUAAACUUCUACCCUGAAGCCAGGCUAUUCGCCAAAGGUUUGAUGGAAGUGGUAAAAGCCUUAAGAUGGAACUCGUUCGUGAUUUUGUAUGAAACAGAGGAGGGACUUAUCAGAAUGCAAGAGAUCUUGAAGUUACAAGAGUUCCACAGGGGCAAAAGAAACAGCAUAUUGGUGAAGCAGUUGGGACCAGGUCCUGACUACAGGAUGUUACUGAAAGAAAUUCGCAACGCUUCGGAAUACAUUAUUCUAGAUUGCGAAACAGAAAAUAUCAUUCCAAUUCUGUUGCAAGCAAAGGAUCUCAGGAUGUUAGAACUACACAACAACUACUUCUUGACGUCAUUGGAUGCCCAUACUUUAGACUACUCAAUACUGAAAACGACAGCAAAUAUUACCACAAUAAGAUUGUUCGAUCCUAACAGGCAAGAGUUCCAAAACGUAUUAAACAGGUGGCUACUGUCUGAUAAUGAAAAUGAGGAUGAAAUUAUGAAGGUCCUCCCUCCACACACAGUAUUAACAGAAACAGUGCUCCUAUAUGACGCGUUCACCCAUAUUAUGGAAUGUAUAAAAUCUUUAGCUGCCACGUCAUCCGUAGAAACCAAUCCAAUAUCAUGUGAAGAAAAAAGUAAAUCCAAGAAUGGUUUCGCAUUGUAUAAUUUCUGUAGAGUCAAAAAGCCAGAAAAGACUUUAACUGGAGCAGUGAAAUUCGACGAAUUUGGAAACAGAAUUCAUUUCAAAAUAGACAUAGUAGAUGCCGAUAUGCCUACUACAGCCUUGGGCAGUUGGCACUCACACAACGAAUCUAUGGUACUUUACAGAGGAGAAAAUGAAACUUUUGAUGCCAGUGUUGCCAAUUUACAGAAAAUCAAAGUCAUCGUGUCAUCCAGGAUGGGUCCUCCUUACUUAAUGCCAAGGUCAGCUUCAUACGAAGGUGAAGUGUUGACAGGAAAUGCAAGAUAUAAAGGAUAUUCGAUGGAUUUAAUUUCCAAAAUAGCGGAAAUAAUUGGUUUCCAGUUUGAGUUCCGAUUGACAGAAGAUGGAAAAUACGGAAACUGGGAUGUCAACAAAAAGAAAUGGACUGGGCUUAUUGGAGAUCUGCUAGAAAGGAAAGCACAUCUUGCUAUAUGCGAUUUGACAAUUACUCAUGAAAGAAGAGAGGUAGCAGACUUCAGUAUGCCUUUCAUGACUCUAGGUAUCAGCAUUCUACACAAAAAGCAAGACAAAAAGGAUAUCAACAUGUUCGCCUUUUUAGAUCCAUUUUCAGUAGGAGUUUGGAUCUACACAGCUACCUUAUACCUCAUCAUGUCUAUCGUACUUUAUUUCAUAUCUAGGAUGACACCAGGUGACUGGGAAAACCCACACCCUUGUGAGGAAAAUCCUGAAGAGCUAGAAAACAUAUGGGACAUCAAAAACUGUCUGUGGCUCACUUUAGGUUCUAUAAUGACACAAGGUUGUGACAUACUUCCAAAGGGAAUAUCAUCAAGAAUGACAGUAUCAAUGUGGUGGUUUUUCUCUCUGAUCAUGACCAGUUCUUACACAGCAAACUUGGCCGCGUUUCUAACCAAAGCAAACAUGGAACCAACUAUUGACGGUGCAGAAGCUCUGUCAAAACAAACUAGAGUCAAGUAUGGGUUGCUAGAAUCUGGAUCGACAGAAUCCUUUUUUAGGAACUCAAACUUUUCCACCUACCAACGAAUGUGGCUUAACAUGCAGCAGUUCAAACCGAGUGUUUUUGAAAAAAAUAACAGUGACGGCGUGAACAGGGUGAAAACUACCAGAAACGGUUUAUAUGCUUUUCUGAUGGAGUCUACACAAAUCGAAUAUGUGGUUGCCACAAAUUGUGAGUUAAAACAAGUAGGGAGUUGGUUAGAUACGAAGAGCUACGGAAUUGCUAUGCCUAUGAAUUCUCCAUACCGAAGUGCAAUAAAUAAAGCAAUUCUGAAAUUACAAGAAUCUGGAGAGUUAGGAGAACUCAAGAAAAAAUGGUGGCUAAAAGAAAGGGAUGAAGAACUUUGUGACUCGACAGCUGAUGAUGACGAUGACGGUGCAGAACUAGCUUUAGCGAACGUUGGAGGUGUAUUUUUGGUCUUAGGCAUUGGGGUCGCCAUAGCAUUCGUGCUAGCGAUAUUAGAAUUUCUUUGGAAUGUUCGGAAUGUCUCGGUGGAAGAACACAUGAGCUACUGGGAAGCUCUAAAAGUGGAGUUCAAGUUCGCUUGUAACAUUUGGAUAACAAAAAAGAAAACCAAGCCUGCAUCCUCGGUGUCCAGUGGGUCAAGUAAAAGCAACAAGACUGACAAUAAGAGCAUCAUGCAUAGCAUACUUCAUAGCGCCGCGGGAUCUUUUAUGAAUUUGAAUAAUAUUAAAACUUGAAAUUGGGUAAAAAUGGGAUGAUUAUUAGCAUUGAUUAAUGUAUUCUACCUGAAGAUAGCCAAUUUAAUGUAAUAUUCGGGAUCGUAUUCAGAGCUAUUGUUCACAUAUCAGGAUUAUAUUCUUAAGUGGGUAUGAAAUGUGACAAUAAAAUGUACAAGUACAGAUAUAGAAAAAAAUAUUAGAAAACUAUUAUAGUACAUCUGGGAUUUAUUGAUUACAUGGUAUGUCAAUAGAACAGGUUGCGUAGUCCUUUCCAGAAGCUGUAUAUUUACCUGUAAAAAUAAUAUAGACACAAUACUGUUUCUGGUUUAUUGUCCGUCAUCACUGUAACGUAAUUCAAUUACAGAUUAAGUAUGUGCAGAACCUAUCAUAAAAAUUAAUAAUGAAUACAUCUUGCCUACAAACAAUUUAGGAAAAGUGGCCACCCAAUUGACAAACAUAAUCAGUGGGAGAAAUGCAAGAUGUUCAGAACUGAAUAUGUUAACUUGUUAAAAAUGAAAAAAAGACAAUAUUUUGAAGAAAAAAUUGAUCACAAUAAACGUAACCCCAAAACUAUGUGGAAAACAUUGAAAUCUUUAAUAAAGCUGGUAGGAGCUACUACUUUCGAUAGAAUAAUUUUUUACCUGUAUGACCAAAAAGUUAUUUCCAGAUGUGAAGUGGAAAUAGCUGAUAAUUUCAACCUUCACUUUGUUAGCAGUAUUUGUGACAUUGUAAAAAGUAUCCAGUCUGAUAUUAUAUAUGUGGAUAAUGAUCUAUCUUGUGAUGCACUACGUUCCUGAAAUUUAGAUCCAUAUCAUUCGAUGAAUUGAAAGAAAUUAUACUUUCAUUUCAAAAUAAAACAUACGGUGGAGAUAUUUUGGAUACUAAAGUUCUUAAAAGUACUUUGCACUCGAUUGGUCAUGUAAUCUUGAAUUUUAGCAACACUUCACUAGCUUAUGGAGUUUUCCCGGAUGCAUUAAAAGUAAGCACAGUUACGCCCAUCCCUAAAGUACCAAAUUCCAUAGAAGCAUCUGAUUUUAGACCUAUAAAUACUUUGCCACCUCUUGAAAAACUUUUGGAAACAUGUGCACAUAAACAAAUUGUUGAAUAUUUUGAAACCAAUAAUCUUCUCAUGGCUAAGCAAUCAGGCUUCAGAAAAGGUCACUCUUGUGAAACUGCUCUUCAAAUUAUAGCAACUGAUUGGAUGAAACUUAUUCAUGACAAUAACUAUGUAAUUGCAGUCUUCCUUGAUUUCAAAAGAGCAUUUGAAACAAUAGACAGACGAAUAUUGAUAGAUAAAUUAAAACAAUGUGGAAUUGGAGGCACUGUCCUGAGAUGGAUAAUUAGUUACUUGAGUGACAGAGGUCAAAGGACUAAGAUUGGUCAUUCUAUCUCCGAAACCAUUUCUGUACGUUUUGGAGUUCCUCAGGGUAGUGUUUUGGGGGCAUUAUUUUUUAUAAUAUAUUUGAAAGAUAUGGAACUUGUUCAGAGAAGUAGCUCCAUAAAUCUAUUUGCCUAUGACACUCUUGUGUACUCAGCCUGCAAAAACCUGAAUGAGGCUAUCGAUAUUGUGAACCGUGACCUUGCAAACAUUGGUACAUAUUUGAAAAUGAACAAACUGAAGUUUAACACUCAAAAAUCAAAAGCAAUGGUAAUAUCAAGCAGAAGUAAAAACAAGAAUAUAAUAAAAGCUAAUAUCAAAAUUAAAAUUGAAAAGACAGUUCUUGAUAUAGUUGAUACAAUGAAAUACCUUGGAUUUAUGUUGGAUAAAACCCUAAACUUUAACAGCCAUAGUGAAUAUAUUAUUAAAAAAAUUUCAAAGAAACUUUAUUUUUUUCAAGAGUUUCUAAACAGCUAUCAAUGUUUGCAAGAAUUGCGGUUUACAAUACAAUAAUAAAACUUCAUUUUCAGUACUGUUCAUUAUUAUUAUAUUUCUUUAGCAAGAACAAAAUAGGCACCUUGCAAAAACUUCAAAAUAGGGGAAUGCGGAUAAUUUUACAGUGCUCUAGGUACACAAGAAUUGAAUAUAUGCUGGAUACUCUACAGUGGUUAUCGGUGAAUCAACAUCUUCAUUUAACAACAAUGCUAUUUAUUUAUAAAAUUGUGAAGAGAACAUUACCUAAUUAUUUAGGUGCUCAUCUACGCCCAAAUAAUGAGAUCCAUUCAUAUAACACUAGGACGUGUACUCAUUUGUAAAUAAAACAAAUAUGAAGAGUACAAUGGAAACAAUAGUGUACAAAAGUCUAUGUGAAUACAAUAAGUUGCCCCAGCUAAUAAAAAACGCCGACUCAGUCGGGUAUUUCAAGAAAGCUCUUAUCAAACACAUAGGGCAGCAGCGGUGGCCGCAGUAGUAGACUCUUCGGUCUCCUGAUCAGUCGCCGUACGCUGUGCGGGUUCGAGUCCCGUCCUAGGAGAAAUUUUUCUCUUGGCUAUGGCUGUUGUGACUGUCCGUGGGUGGUAGAUGGUCUCUGACUGUCGAACGCGGAGGUACCACCCGGCGGAUCUCGUAGGCGGAGCCAGAAUGUGUGCAAGUUACAUGCACACGUGUUCCCUCGCCAGAGUCCGUGUGGCGUUCCCCCCCUUUCCCAUGUAUCCCCCUAUAGCCCCACGGUACCCAAUGGGUACUUAGGCCUUAGGCCUUCGUGGUAGUUGGAGUAUAAAAAAAAAGAUCUGACAGAAUUUGUUAAAUUUAUUAUAUUUGAAUAUAUAUGUAUGUACUUGUGAAAUGCUGUAAUGCUACCAGUUGUUGUUGGAAUUAGGAUUUUUUUUUCUAAAUAAAGGACUACUUACUUACUUAUAAAUACCACACUGAUAUAAAAAGGAUUGGUCUGGCAGAAUACAUCAACCAGCAAAUUAAAUAGUUACAGACACGUGACGUUUCACAGUCAUUCAAAAGUAAUUGUGGAGCACACAUUAACGCAAUCCCACUACGGUAGUCACUAAAACAAGUAUCUGUACUAUCUUCAUCAGACCCAACCAGCUUUAUAAUGAAUGGCUGAUGAUUUUUGAUAGCACGGUUUUGGAGCGUACAAAGAACCACAACAAAAUACGGCUCUGUCUACCUGGAGUUAAUUAUGUGCCCUGUGCCGAUAUGGGGAAUUUUGAAAUAUUACUAGAUAACUAUCUGUCGUUGUCCCGUGAUGGAUACUUGUCAAAUAGAGUGUAGGUGACUACAGCGCCAUUUAUGAGACACUAACCUUAUAAAAGUAUACAGGGUGAUCCAGAAGUCUACUAUAGGCUUUAAAAAAACGGAAAAAUCUACACACUGUGACGAUCUUUUAGUUGUUUAGUACAAAUUUCAUUUUUUUAGACAGCGUUUUUCCUAUACUACAUAGUAAAUAGAGAGGUGAGAAAUUCUCAUAUAUAACACUAUGAAAUCUCAUUUUAUCUCUGACUUUAUUAUUAGGUUGGCUAUUUUCAGGUGGAAUACGUUAUGUUGAAUAAUAUUAGAGUUUUCGCUAUGACAAAUAUCGCCUAGAUAAACGUUUACCUUAUUUGACACUGCAGUAAAGGAUUCUUUUCUGAUCAAUAUUAAAGAGUUUUCGCAAUCGGAAAUACUGCAAACGUUAACAUUGACGAUAACUUAUUCUUCUGACUUAAGUGAAAAUGUCAAAUAAGGUUUACGUUAACGUACGCUGAAAAGUUUGCUUUUUAAGACUAUAUAAAAUCCCAACCUAUACAACAAGUCAUCCAGAAUGUGUGGUCAAUUUUCACAGAAUAUAUAGAGAAUACAGAAUAAUGGGGUAUCUUUCAGUUUUCAUUUUGUAAUAUUUGAAAAAUAGUUUACGCCCAGUUUUCAAGAAUGAUACAGCAUCAUUGAAGUUUUUGCACUCGUGUGUUAGAAAUUCGUACAUUGAAAGAAGCUCAUUUAAAUCCUUUGUAACUCCCGCCAAAGCAAUUAGCCAACAAGGUUUGAUUUUUAUUUGAAUGUGGCGAUACAAUUCCUUGUCAGUGUCAACGUCCGAAAAUAAAGGUAGUAUCCGUUACAUCUGAUGGAAGCCUCACCUGCAUAGCUGAUGUAGUAAAACAUUCUAAGGACGAAGCGUGGCAAAAUUCUUUACUCCACAACUUUGCGCGAUAUUUUCCGUUUGAUUUGUGGAGGGCAAACUUCGUCACUUGUCGGUGAUAUAGAAAGGUGAACAAAAAAACUCAGAAAAACACUUUUCGAAGACAGGUUUGGUACAAUGUCGAAGUAAAAUUUUUGGAAAAUACCCCAUUGUUUAUCUUAGUGCAAAAGAUCAUGCGUGCGUCACUUCAAACUAGACAAUGAUUAUUUUAAGAUACAUUAAUUUUAAGCUUGAAUAGAUGUAAUUUUAAACAGUAAUCUUCAAAAAGAAGCCUUUAAACAAAUUAUUGUAUGUAUUAAUAGCUGUGAUAUUGAUUAGUAAAGAUGCGGUAUUAUCUUAACUGUAUUUACUUCUUUGAGGUUUUAACCAGACAAAUUCGAAAAAAAAAUUGUAGCUUCCUAAAUCCUGGAAAUUAGAGAAUACUGCGUUAUAUUGAUAUCUCCUGUACCUUAUUCCUAAAUAAACAUUAGAUUAGAGAAAU